AUGGCGUGCUUCAAAGCCUGGAAGCUCCCGGACACCAGCUUUGGCUUGACCAGUGACUUGCCCAUUAAGCAGCGUACUAUAGCGGAGCGUAGAGGAGUAUGGUUGCGGUACGGAAAGCCGCAUGAGACUGACAUUAGAGACAUUCCAAUCAUGGACAAGUCGUAUUGGGCAAAGCGUCAACAAAAGACGCUGUAA